AUGAUUCAAUUCUUGGAUCCAAAUGUUGUGCAAUUUGAAAUUUUACCUCAUCUCGAUGAUCGAUCCGUUAUUUCACUCCUAUCGACAUGUAAAAUUGUCAAUCAGGUAAUUUCUAUUCCGGACUAUAUCGAAACAAAAUUGAAAAUAAUGGAUGAAGAAAUUUUGAGUCAGAAAUUCAAUGAGUUGGAACAAAGUCCAAUCCAAGUGAAUAGAAUUAAUGAAAUAUUUAGAUUAGCAUAUUUGAAUUUUAGAGAAGGAAUGUUUCAAACUGAAAAGCAAUUGUUAGGAACAGUUAAAGUGGAUGAGGCACAAUGUUAUGGAAAAUUGAAAUCUCAAUAUACUCUUUUGCAGAGAUAUGUUUUCAAGAAUUCCGACAAAUUAUCACCACACUGUAAUAGGAGUGUUUUUUCAGGUUCAACAGGAUUUUGGAAUUCUCAUAGUGUUGAUUUUAAAAUCUCAAAAGAGAAUACUGUAUAUUAUUGGUCCAUUGUCCUUACAGCAUUUGAUCGUAAGAUAUCAAAUAGCUGGGCAAUACUUGUAGGUUUUGCUGAAGAGGAUGCUGCCUCAUCAUUAUCUAAAAGCUGGAUUCCAUCUGGAUAUUGUGUCAAAUCAAAUGCAAUACUUGAAAAUAGUUAUACAUCAUACACAGAGAGCCUUGUGAAUACGGAAGGAGAUGUCAUUGGAAUUGAGUGCUAUGUCCAAAACAAAACAGUCUAUUUCAAUGUUUACUCUCCUUCGAGGAACCAUCAGACCUUUCAAUUCAAAUCUGUGAAUAGUAAUAUAGUACCAAUGGUAUCUAUGGUACACUCUCAAUCACUCCAAUUACUUUCAUUACUUCCGUGGGAUGGGCAUGUGGAAAGCUUGAAAUCCUUUGGAGAAUGUGCAACAAGGAUUUGUACAGCAGAAGAAUGAUUUUAUUGUUUGAAGAAUUAAAUUUCAAACAAUAAAUUACUAUUCUAUUAUU